UGUUCGGCCGCACGUACAGGCCUGCCAACCGCCGCACAAAAAGAACCGUACCGAUUAUUCGAGCCGUCGUCGUCGUCGUCGUCGUCGACGUCGCCCGACAUUUUUAUUGCCCAGAGUUCGGGUCGCGAGUUUUCGGUGUGAGUGCGGCCCUAGGAUUUGACCGUUUUUUUUUUUUUUCGUUCUCCCCCCGUAUUAUGUGGUGACUCUGUGGUGACCCGCCGCCCAGGAGGAUUUGGUGGCUCGUUUUAGGAAUGUUUCCGGGUUUAUGUUGGCAACAAUGGCAACCGUCACGUCAGGGAUACUAUCGCCGAACUCGUACGUCCUGAAUGCAGAUGCCGUCGCUUUGAAACUGUCCCACCAAGAGGCCAUGGACUCGUACCACCACCGUCACGCGUACCAGCAGGAACCCCAGACCGGGUUCGGGUCCAACGCGAACUCUAGCGACUCAGAGCAAGAGGUGCCGUACACUCCGAGCUCGCCGAAAACUCACGCGUCGGAACCAAAGCGAAACAAGCGGAAAAACUUCAAGCCGCGGUGCAGUCAGAACGUACCCUCCGAAGAAGAGGUCCACUCGGGCGACUACCACGAAAACAACAACGUCAACAACAAUGUGAGGAGGAGGAAAGCGCUGGUGGGACCGAGGAGGCUGGUCGUGGAGAGCGCGUACAGUCCGAUGGACUUGAGCGGCUCGCGAACUCAGGACUCAGAGAGUCAGCGGUCUGAUAAUUCGGAUUCGGAUGACUUCAAUACGGAUAAUUACCGGACGAGAUCGGAUAACGAGGAGGAGGAGGAGGAGGAGGAGCCCUCGAAGAUCCCGACGAGUUUUUCGAUCCACAACUUGUCGAAGCCUCACGUGUCUGAUCAGGGCUUGAGUCAGAAUCUGAGCCCGGAUCAGAUCGCGGAGAUGCGGAACUAUGCGGUGAACACGAUGAGGGAGUUGUUGGGCAUCUACGGGCUUACCUCAGAGGUGGCGGAGAGUAUAUCUAGACAGCUUCCUUUGGCUGCUUUCAGUACCGGCAAAAUUUUCGAGAACCUGACCCUCAACCCCCAAAAAGCGACGACGCCGCUCAGCGAACCGCCCACCCCGCCGUCGACACCUCUGUCCCCGAAAAACGACACCCCCAAAGGGAGUACCACCUUCGGGAACAUAACGAUCACCCCUUCUAGUCAGCCGACGGGCCCUAAACUACCUCAAGGUCAACCGCAGACCUCCGGCGGCUCGCCCUUUGGUCAGAACUAUCCCCUCAACCUGGACGCCAAACGAUCUUCUCCCCUUUACUCCCCGUUUUCCAAUGGAUUCGACGCUACCCCCUCGGGGGGAGAACAAUCGGAGUUUUCGUAUCCUGACCAAGAAGGUUACCGGAACAAGGGAGGAGACAACGCUGAUCCCAAGGGAGUACUGAGUUCGAGGGCGAUUUUUCCGGGAAACGCCUUCCAGUUUUCCCACCACCGUAAGACUGACAGCGCGUCGCCGCCGCCACUGGAACCAUCCCCCCUGAACGCCAUGAUGCAACAGUCGAUGUCUACCCACCAUCUACAACAAGCUAGAGAUCCGGCGACUUCGUCGGCCAACAUGGCGCUGGCCAAGACGUCGCAGAUGGAUUACUCGAAGUACGUGAAAAAGUUCACGUCGAGCGUAGACUGCGGUAGCGCGUACUGCAAAGACCUUAAUUACCGCGAGCACUUCCAUUGUCUCGACUGCAAUUCUCGCGUGUUCAUCAAAAAGGAAGAGAUGAUCCGUCACUUUAAGUGGCAUAAGAAACGUGACGAGUCGUUGCAGCACGGCUUCAUGCGCUACAGUCCUUUGGACGAUUGCGGCGACAGGUUCGCCAACUGCACGCACAACAAGAAACAAACUCACUACCACUGCAUACAGGAAAACUGCGAUAAGGUGUACAUAUCGACUUCGGACGUUCAGAUGCACUCCAACUACCACCGUAAGGACAGCGCGAUCAUGCAGGAGGGAUUCCAGAGGUACCGCGCCACCGAAGAGUGCGGCGCCAGCUACUGCGCCUUCUUCGGCCAACGGACCACUCACUUCCACUGCAGACGGUCCGGUUGCAGGUACACGUUCAAAAACAAAUCAGAUAUGGAGAAACACAAAACGUACCACAUCAAAGACGAGCAACUAUCCCGUGACGGUUUCAAAAAGUUCAUGAAAAACGAAACCUGCCCGUUCGAUAACUGCCGCUUCUCCAAGGUGUGCAACCACAUUCACUGCAUCAGACCCCAGUGCUCGUACGUGUUGCACAGUUCGGGACAGUUGUUCUCGCAUAAACGGAAACACGAACGCAAAGAUAGCGAGCUGGCGUACCGCAAGUACAAGCUCGCUCAGAGCAUGAUGAGGACUUUGUCCGACGGCAGCCUCGCCACCCAGCUGCCUCCCUACAGAGAUUACGAAGCUCAAAUCGACCUGGCCAACUUUUACAACAGCCAGCAGCAGGGCGGAGGGGGGAUAUCGAACGCUUCAAACACCGAGAGUCUCAGCGACCGCAACUCCCCUCUCAGCUACAACGAAGAGUCGGAAGCGAUGGACCUCAGCGCAAGCGAAACGUCCAACUUCGCCACCGCUCAAGAGGAAAUCGAGGACACGUGGAAAAAAUUCUGUCACGUCGUGCGCGAAGGCAGAUGCAAGGAAUCUUGCGAGUACAGCUACCAGGAUCAUUUUCAUUGCGCGGCCCGCAAUUGCAGGGUAGCGUUCGCCACGCGGGACGGCGCCAGGGAGCACUCCCGCAACCACGAGCAGCAGGAAACGAUCACCGAUAAUUUUUUCCACACGGUGGACGAGACGGACCCCUGCGACGAGAGCUGCGCUUACCAGAACAAGGAGAAACACUAUCACUGCAACCUGGACAACUGCCGCGAGGUGAUCCCGGCGUCGGACAAACCGUUCAGGCGUCUCGAGCAUUACAAGAUGCAUCAGUACAGUCAGAAAUUGAGCCUGACCAAAGACCCGUUGACGUCCACGCAUUUGGCAACUUCCAUCGACGGGAUGUUUUGCAGGAAACGGGGCAGACCGCCAAAGAAUCGCGUCAUCGAGGUGUGGAACGACUAUAAUCCCGCGAUGGGGUCGCAGAGCCUGAUGGACAGCCCGCAGGCGAUCUUCACGAGCUUCAAACUGCCCAAACCUUCGACGACGCCUUCGGGACCGGCGGAGGACGAUGACGACGAGGAAGAAGAGGAAGUUGGUUCGAAGCAGCAGGGUUUCGACUGCUACGGGGAGAACACCAAGUGUCCGGACAACUUGUGCCGGUACUUGGGGACGAGCCAUUAUCAUUGCAAUCGGUGCAGGUGCCUUUUCGUUACCGACAAGGAAGAGUACCUCGCCCUCCACGCCAAAGAUUUCCACGAGAAUGUCGAUAUCCUCGACGGCUUCGAGUUUUACGACCGAAACGUCGAUUGCCGUCUCCCGGGGUGCGCGUCCAACAAGAUAAACCGGCACUUUCACUGCACGAGGUGCCGUUACAGCUUCGUGCAGUACUCGCAGAUGGCGUCGCACAACCAGAAACAUAUAGACGACGCGGCAGCGGCACCACUCGGUUAUCAGGCUAUUAUCAGGGUGAAGAGCGAGGACGUGCUGGUCGACAAGGACGAGGGAAACAGGCAGGCGGACCCGGCGGCCAAGGUUUCCGUGGUGAGGGCUUCUGGGACAUUUUACCCUAUAUCGACGAUACCGACCGAACAGACGUGUUCUAGGCGUACGCCCGAUCAAAAAAUUCAUGUCAUUACGACAGCGAAAACCCCUCCAAUAGAUCAACCACAACAUUCGCAACUUACAGAUCAGCCCUCAACCUCAAUCCCAGACCAGUCUGCGGCAGCUUCGACUACCUUAUACGGGCCGGAGCUGAGCUGCAGGCGCCCCUUCUGCAAGCUGAAACGGAAACCGCACUACCACUGCAACGCGUGCAACCAGGCGUUUUCUGAACUUGACAAACUGCUGCCACACGUGGCGAGACACAGUUCGGGGGCCCUGCACCCAGUGCCCGGCGUCGAAGACAACAACAACGCGGGCGAAGAACCUCCCGAACCGCCCGAACCUGGCCAACAGCAAAAAAUCAGUGUAGCGCCGUUGCACAACCUGCAAAAUCCACUGCAGACCGACAAAUCGCCCAAGGAGCAGCAGCAGGAGACUUAUUUCACGCCCACUUUUGACGCGUACAACCAUUUCGGCAAUUUCCCGUCGAAUUUCGCGACGCAGAUUGCACUCAUGCAGCAACAGAACGCGUUCCUGCCUCAAGGCCUUUAUCCGCAGAGUAUACCGUCGCAGAUUAUGUUCCAACACGCGCAACUUAUGCAGAGCCCUUUGCUGACUCACCAGAAUCACGGCUUUCAGUCAGAAAAUUUGACAUCGCCUUUGGCGGCGAUGGCGGCAAACUUGAACAAACGAUCGCUCAGCCCGCACGAGAUGAGCCCGGAGGCGAAAAAAGCGCGAAUUCAGAAUUCCAUGAGGAUCCUGAAAGACGAGCCCGUGCCAGCCGGAUACCUGAGGUUUAGGUUCAACGAGGAUUGCAAGUAUCAGCAUUGUGGCUACCGAGAGCAUCAGACGCAUUUUCACUGUCAAAGGCCCGAUUGCGGGUACAGUUUUUGCGACAAGACGCGUUUCGUGCAACAUACAGCACGCCACGAACGCCUGGAUACACUCAUGGGUGGUGAUUUUCAACAAUAUAGGGCCAACGUCGCCUGUGGGAGGCAAGACUGCGCCUAUACCGCGAAUUUAGGUUCCACACAAAACAAAGCGUCUCACUUUCACUGUUUAAAGUGCGAGUUCGUAUGCACCGACACGAACAAGGUGGUCGCACACAGGCGACAACACCAGAAACUAGACAGCAUUCAAGCGGCGGGGUUUGAAAAGUUCACGCCGAGUCAGAUGUGUCGCGUGCAAAACUGCCAACACGGCGGUAAACAGACGCACUACCACUGCCUGUCGUGUCAAUACGCGGUUCUGGGCCUCGCGCAGAUGUCCGCGCACAAGUACAGGCACAUGGACGGCUGAAACGUCACGCUCAAAUUCGUAAUUCUAGACACUGUACAUAUAUUUAAAGGGCAAGAGACACGAUAGUGUACAAACUUCGACGGCGGAGAAGGUUUGACAUAUCAUCCCGCUGCAUGUAAAUGUCUUGUAAAUAGUAACUGCAAAGCACCGGUUUUUUAAUGCAAAAUGAUUACCUCACAAGUCACAAGUGGCCGUUUUGACAGUUGAUGUGUCGCGCGCGUCGUCACGGAACGAUGAAUUCGCGAACCGGACCACCGGGCUGACUGCGAGCGAACGGUCACGGACCAUAGCCGCGCGUUAACUGUCGUUGUGAUACGAAAUCGAAAAAAUCAAGAGGGACAGUUUCUUUGGUAUAGCUUUUGGCGUAGACGAGUAGCCUAUUUGAUUUCGGGUAGAGUUCGAUAGAGAAAUAGCGAGGCCUUUUUUCUACAAGUAGAUCCGUGCCUUAGGACAAAAAAGACAUAUAAAUCCGUGCCUUUUUUUCGAGUACCCUUUGAUUUCCUUCCCUUUAGAGGCGUUAUAGGGACAAGCGGCCACAAACGGUCGGAACGCGGCGAGACUAAGCAAUUCGCGUUCCAUCAUCGCCGUUUUUGGUCGAAACCAAUUGUAGCAUAUAUCAUUCCACUACAAUGUUGUACCGCAUGUGCCAUAUAAUACGAAACGAAUAUAUUGAAAUUAUUAGAAUUUUUAAAGCAGUAGCGUUUGCAUAGAUUUUACAACAUAUACAAAUCGCAUAUACAUAUAUUUAUCGAAGAAACGUGUCAUAUCUUAACCUAUAAAUAAUACUGUCAUUAUUUAUUUCCCCCUCCCCCGUUUGUCGCGGCUUCUUUUUCGACAUUUAUACGUUUUCUUGCAAGUGUGAAUCGUUCGCCAUACAAUUACAAGGUAGGAGGUCGUGGGAGACAGGCGCUUGUCUUCUUCUAUUGUUUUAUAGUUCGUAGCUAGUCUUUUGUUUGUCUUUUUUUGUUUUGUUUAUACAUUAUGUGCCAGGCAGUCUGAUUUUUAAGAGCUAACAAAGUUGGCGGUCUUUAUUAUAGUAAGUUUUUGGAACAAACCUGUGCUUUAUUUUUGGUACCUUCAAACAAAACAAUAAACUGAACUUUCGUAUGAAUAAUCAUGUAGGUAUGAUUUUAAGCAUGAAUAAUUACAGAAACGUUUUUCAGUGUAUCUAUUAUACUUAAGUUUAUUUAAUAAUAUUAAUGAGUUUAGAAUUCGUAUGGAUGGAUCAUUUCUAUGUAAGAUUGUAUUUAGGUUAUUUUACUGUGAUUAUGUUUUUUUUAACUAUCAGUAUUUAAUAAAAAAUACUAUUUAUA